AAAAUAACUUCACUUGAAUCAAGCGCAUCGGCAUCGAAGUAAUAUUAACUGGUGAAAUUAAAAGGUAAACGACAACAGUAAAUAAAAGGAAACAAACAUUUUCAACUUUUACACAAAUUUGCCUCAAAUUUGUUUCAUUUUUAUCACAAUCAAUUGCCAUGGGCGACAACUUUGGAAUCCACCGCGGACCGCCAACAAAGAAAGCUGUAUCAUCUACUGCUGCUGCCUCUGCCGGUGACGGAACCGAGGAUCGCACCCAGGGCCAAAUUCUAAGCGAUUUUUUGGUUCAGCUCGAGGAUUACACCCCUACGAUUCCCGAUGCGGUCACAUCGUACUACUUGAACACAGCUGGAUUCGAGGCCUCCGAUCCGAGAAUUGUCCGAUUGAUUUCGAUUGCAGCCCAGAAGUUCAUCUCGGACGUGGCCAAUGAUGCGCUGCAGCAUUGCAAAACCCGAACGAGUAAUGCGCCGAGUUCCGGGCACGGCUCGUCCAAGAAUCAGAAUGCAAAGUUGUCCAAAGAUAGGAAGUACACGUUGACGAUGGAGGAUCUGCAGCCGGCCUUGAACGACUACGGAAUUACCGUUCGUAAGGCGCACUAUUUCGUUUAGAGGAUAGCUCAUAUGGCUAAAAAGAUCAUGUUUUUGGAAAAUAAAAGUACAUAUUUUGACAAUGCUUAAUGUAAA